AGCCACAUGUGGCAGGUGUGAACAUUUCAUCUUUUCCUGUGGGGUUUGCAACUCUCUCCCCAGUCUCGGUCACUGCCUUUGGUUGUGCCACUUCCCUUUUCUUCUCGCCUGCACCUCCCUCAUCUUUCCUCUAUGAUGACCGCCCUGGGGAAGAGAAGCUGAGAGGAACUCCUCACUCAGCUAGCUUCAGGGGCCAUGACAUCAUCUCUACCAUGGAAAUUCCACUCACUUCCCUGAGCCCCCACAUUCGUCCUAGGCCUCACAGUCCCUAUAAAGAGAGAUUCCCAACUCAGUAGCAGCACGGGACACAGCUGGGUUCUGAAGCUUCUGAGUUCUGCAGCCUCACCUCUGAGAAAACCUCUUUUCCACCAACACCAUGAAGCUCUGUGUGACUGUCCUGUCUCUCCUCGUGCUAGUAGCUGCCUUCUGCUCUCCAGCGCUCUCAGCACCAAUGGGCUCAGACCCUCCCACCGCCUGCUGCUUUUCUUACACCGUGAGGAAGCUGCCUCGCAACUUUGUGGUCGAUUACUACGAGACCAGCAGCCUCUGCUCCCAGCCAGCUGUGGUUGGGUGGAAGUUACAGGGAGUCUGCUUCCAGUGCUGCUCCAGGAAGGAUCCCAUCCACCAGAGCUGCCCCACAUGGACCACGGUCAGGCAGAGGAAGAUGCCGACCACAGGCAAGGGAUAAAGCCAGAUGACCUCAAAGGUCCCAUGGGAUUCUAAUCUAUCUGCUCCUUUUUCUACAGAUUCCAAACCAAAAGAGGCAAGCAAGUGUGCGCUGACCCCAGUGAGACGUGGGUCCAGGAGUAUGUGAAUGACCUGGAACUGAACUGAGCCGCUCAGAGGCAGGAAGUCUUCAGGGAAGGUCACCUGAGCCUGGACGCUUCUCCAUGAGACACAUCUCCUCCAUACUCAGGACUCCUCUCCACAGUUCCUGUCCCUUCUCUUAAUUUAAUCUUUUUUAUGUGCCGUGUUAUUGUAUUAGGUGUUAUUUCCAUUAUUUAUAUUACUUUAGCCAAAGGAUAAUUGUCCCCUAAGGGGAUGGUCCACUGUCACUGUUUCUCUGCUGUUACAAAUACAUGGAUAACACAUUUGAUUCCAUGUGUUUUCAUAAUAAAACCUUAAAAUAAAAUGCA